AGCGCGCGCCGCCAGUCGGAGCGCCGGCGCCGGGGGCGCGCCGCCGGCAGAGGGUUUGACGUGGCAGUUCCCAGCCCAGCAGCAACUCGGGGCGCGCGAGCCGCCUGUGGAGACGCCGGGCCCGGGAGCCUCGGCCGCGGCGGGAGCUGCUUCACCGGGCGCAACCGGCACUCGGAGCAGAGCGCGGGCUCGCUGGAAGCCGGCCGACCAGGGCUCUUUUGUAGAACUGUCCCUUGGAAUGAUAUUUUCAUAAUGAGCCAACAAGGUUAUGUGGCUACACCCCCCUACUCCCAGUCCCAGCCUGGAAUAGGCCUUUCUCCACCACAUUAUGGGCACUACGGGGACCCAGCUCACUCAACUUCUCCACCAGGUAUGAUGAAACCAGCCGGGCCUUUGGGGCCUGCUCCCCCUGGGGGAAUAUUGUCCCCAGGCCCUCCACCUCCUGGACCCCAUCAGUUUGGCCAGAAUGGAGCUCACCCUUCAGGUCCUCCUCCACAAAGAUUUCCGGGUCCUUCUCCUGCGAGCGGUGCGGCCCCAUCCUAUGCACCGUACCCACCCUCUGCACAGCAGUCACCGUAUACAGGUUCCACAUCUACUUCUUCCGUCGGCCAGCUGGGCAGUCAGCUUGGAGCUAUGCAUAUCAACAGCUACGGUUCGGGGAUGACUCCCCCCAACCAGGGUUCUCCUGGCCCUCUACCAGCAGCGUCCUUGCAGGGUCCACCUCGACCUCCCCAGCCGUCUAUUCUGCAGCCUGGAUCACAGGUCCUCCCGCCACCACCCACCACACUGAAUGGACCUGGUGCCUCACCCUUGCCUCCGCCAACACACAGACAGGACGGACCACCUGGGCCACCUCCUCCCAAUGCCCAGUACCAGCCCCCACCUCUUCCAGGACAGAAUCUGGGCUCUGGAUAUCCUCCACAGCAGGGCAACUACGGCCCUCAGAUGGCAGGACCACAACUAUCUUAUCCCGGAGGCUUCCCGGGGGCCCCCGCACAGAUGGUGGGCCCACCACAGCUCCCAAAGAAGCUGGAUCCAGAUGCCAUCCCCAGCCCAAUCCAGGUGAUCGAGAAUGAUAGAUCCGCCAGAGAGGGACAAGUGUAUGCCACCCACACCAGAGGCCAGGUCCCUCCCCUGGUCACUACAGAUUGUGUGAUACAAGACCAAGGCAAUGCUAGUCCUCGGUACAUACGCUGCACAGCAUACUGUUUCCCGUGCACGUCAGAUAUGGCCAAGCAGGCUCAGAUCCCGUUAGCUGCUAUCAUAAAGCCCUUUGCCACGAUUCCAUCAAAUGAGACUCCCCUUUACUUGGUAAAUCAUGGAGAGACCGGGCCAGUCAGAUGCAACAGGUGCAAAGCCUACAUGUGCCCCUUUAUGCAGUUCAUCGAAGGAGGAAGACGGUACCAGUGCGGAUUUUGCAGCUGUGUGAAUGAUGUCCCACCAUUCUAUUUCCAACAUCUGGACCACAUUGGAAGAAGACUGGACCACUAUGAGAAGCCGGAGCUCUCUCUCGGAUCUUAUGAAUACGCCGCUACUUUGGAUUACUGCAGAAAAAACAAGCCUCCCAACCCACCAGCCUUUAUCUUCAUGAUCGAUGUCUCAUACAGUAACAUAAAGAGCGGACUUGUGAAGCUCAUCUGUGAGGAGCUGAAGACCAUGCUGGAAAGACUUCCCAAGGAAGAACAAGAAGAGACCUCUGCCAUUCGAGUGGGUUUCAUCACCUACAACAAAGUUCUGCACUUCUUUAAUGUAAAGAGCAAUCUGGCCCAGCCUCAGAUGAUGGUGGUGACUGAUGUUGCAGAGAUCUUUGUUCCUUUGUUGGAUGGUUUCCUCGUCAACUACCAAGAAUCUCAAGCUGUGAUUCACAACUUAUUGGACCAGAUUCCAGAAAUGUUUGCAAACUCCAAUGAAAAUGAGACCGUCUUUGCUCCUGUCAUCCAGGCUGGCAUGGAAGCUCUAAAGGCAGCAGACUGUCCUGGGAAGCUGUUCAUUUUCCAUUCUUCCCUGCCAACGGCUGAAGCACCAGGGAAACUCAAAAACAGAGAUGACAAAAAGCUGGUGAACACUGACAAAGAGAAGAUACUUUUCCAGCCCCAAACAAAUGUCUACGACUCACUAGCCAAGGACUGCGUGACCAACGGCUGCUGUGUGACACUCUUCCUCUUCCCCAAUCAGUACGUGGAUGUGGCCUCGUUGGGACUCGUGCCUCAGCUCACAGGAGGCACCUUGUACAAGUACAACAACUUCCAGUUACACUUGGAUAGUCAACAGUUUUUGAAUGACCUGAGAAAUGACAUAGAAAAGAAAAUCGGAUUUGAUGCAAUCAUGAGAGUUCGUACCAGCACAGGUUUCAGAGCCACUGACUUCUUUGGUGGGAUUUUUAUGAACAACACCACUGAUGUAGAAAUGGCAGCCAUUGACUGUGACAAGGCAGUGACUGUGGAGUUCAAGCAUGAUGACAAGCUGGGUGAAGACACUGGGGCCUUAAUCCAGUGUGCCGUGCUCUACACGACCAUCAGUGGCCAGAGGCGGCUUCGUAUCCACAACCUCAGCUUGAACUGCAGCUCCCAGCUGGCUGAAGUCUACAAGAGCUGUGAGACCGAUGCCCUUAUCAACUUCUUUGCCAAGUCAGCUUUUAAAGCAGUUCUCCACCAGCCCUUGAAGGUGAUCCGGGAAAUUCUGGUUAAUCAGACUGCUCACAUCUUGGCCUGCUACCGAAAGAACUGUGCAGCUCCCUCCACUGCAAGCCAGCUCAUCUUACCAGACGCCAUGAAAGUGUUGCCGGCGUACAUGAACUGUCUGUUGAAAAACUGCGUGCUGCUCAGCAGACCGGAGAUCUCGACGGACGAGCGGGCGUACCAGAGACAGCUGGUCAUGACCAUGGAUGUGGCCGCCUCCCAGAUUUUCUUCUACCCCCUGCUCCUGCCCAUACACACGGUAGAUGUCAAGAGCACAGCACUGCCUACGGCCCUCCGCUGCUUAGAGUCCCGACUUUCAGAAGAAGGAAUCUUCCUCCUGGCCAAUGGUCUGAACAUGUUCUUAUGGGUGGGAGUAAGUAGCCCACCAGAACUGAUCCAAGGAAUCUUCAACGUGCCAUCAUUUGCACAUAUUAACACAAACAUGGUAUCACUGCCUGAAAUAGGAAACCCGUACUCGCAAACCCUCAGAAUGAUAAUGGGCAUUAUCCAGCAAAAGAGGCCAUAUACAAUGAAGCUCACAAUCGUGAAGCAGCGAGAGCAGCCAGAAGUGGUUUUCCGGCAGUUCCUGGUAGAAGAAAAGGGACUCUACGGGGGCUCUUCCUACGUGGACUUCCUCUGCUGUGUGCACAAGGAGAUCUGCCAGCUGCUGAAUUAACCGAACCGCCUCUGUCGUCAGCGUCGCGGUUCUGAGGAGAUCAUCUCCCCUCUUGGUGCCUAAUUCUCCAGGUGAUAACAGGCUAGUUUUGAUUUCUUGCUCGUUUCCGGGAUAGCUUUCCAAGACCGGCAUUUAGAACUUCCGCUUUGGUGCUCAGGUAUAAAGCCAAUGAAGGGACCCUGAUACCUUAAAGGGAACAGUCUUAUUUCUGAUCGCACAACUCUGAACUGUUGAAACCGAUGCAGUGUGCAUUUCGUGAAAGGCACAGUUUACAGAACUGUAAACAUUCUCGAUUUUCUUUUCUUUAUAAUGUGCUAGCCAGAUAAAUUAUUUUUCAAAAAAAUGUAUAGAUUUGGGGGGGGUGCAAAGUUAUCUCAAAUUGAGGGGGAGGGAAACUUCAUUUUACAUUGAACCUAAUUUUUUAAACCAUCUAACUCCACUGAACACAUUUUAUUUUCAACUGAAGGUUUGCAUAUAGCAAACUUUUAAUAACCCUGGAAUCUAUUUGACAGAACAAUUUGUGUUCUGCUUUUUUUUUUUUUUUCAUAAUUGUAUGUUGUGUAUGUUAAGGCUAUUUGUCAACUGUUUUGUCUAUAAAAACUGUCCUUACCGAUAUAUUCUUAAUGGUUGUCUGUACAAUUUUGAAGGUUUUUACCUGUAUAUAACGGACCUUAACCAGCAUCAAUAAAUCACUUCAUAUCCCCU